AUGACCUCGAGGGACGUACACCACGGCGGAGUGUACUUCAGCAAGGAGAUCCCGUGGCAGGUGCGGGGAGACUUGUACGAUGUGAUUGCCGGCCUCGAGGAUUGGUCGGUAGUCUGGCAAUUCGCCUUUGCACGGUAUUCUCCUCCGUAUCCUGCCACGGGAACUGAGGUGUACGUCACCAAGAUGUGGCACCAAGAAAACGAGCCUCAUUUGACCGUGAAGCUCGGCUAUGUUUGUAGUGACUCGUAA